CAGCACCAUGCGGAGCGAGCCAGCGCUGAGGGGCCGCCACAUUGACCGCCUCUACCUGGACAACACCCACUGCCACCCGCACCGGCCCUUGCCCUCGCGGCAGCACGCCAUGCGCCAGGCCGCCCACAUCAUCCGCACGCACCCACAGCACCGGGUCGUCAUCGGUGUUUACAGCCUGGGGAAGGAGACGCUGCUGGUGGACCUGGCCUUGGAGUUCAGCACCUGGGUGGUGGUGAGCCCCUGGCGCCUGGAGCAGAUGCGGCUGCUGGAGAUGCCCGAUGUGUUCACUACCGAGGAGGAGGCCGGCUGGAUCCGUGCUGUGGAUGUCACCGAGAUCCGCCUGGAUACCCUCAUCAGCUGGAACAUGCUGCACCCUACCAUCGCCAUCCUCCCUACCGGCAGGCCUGUGAAAGUCACCCACCCCAACAUCCACCCCAUUCUGUACUCGGAUCACUCGUCCUUUUCAGAGCUCUGCGAGUUUGUGAAGUGGCUGAAACCUUGCUCGGUCAUUCCAAUUGUGAGGGGCAGCAUGUGCCAGGCUUACUUUCAGGAAUACCUAAGUUCUGCCCCUCAGGCGCUUCCUGACCUCAAAAUCCCAAAGCCUGUGCAAGAGUCUGUACAGCAGCAAAGCAAAAGAAAAAGGCAGCAACCCAUGUGUCUCUUGAGAAGAGCUGUGCGGCAUUCUGUGCCCCAAGGAGUUGUUUAUGAGUCCCCAGAGAAAUGUACUGAGAAAUCUGAAGAGUUCACAGGUGCUAAUGCCCCUCAGCAGAACUGCUGUGAGUCAGCUUUCUGCUCAAAAGAAGGUUGCACUUCUCAUAUGGGCAAGGAGAAAGAGAAUGAAGAGAUGAGUGCACAGCCAGCAGUAGCAAGGGCAGCUAGCACUGUUAGUCAGGCACCUGUUUCUGAUGAGCACUUUUCACCUGGAUUUGCAGAGCAAUAUUUACUCACUCCCUUAAAUGUCCUAAAGCAGAAUUCCACACAGAAUUUUUACAAGCGGGUAGAAGAUUUUUUAAGGAGGGGAGAAGUGUCCAAAAAAAUAGCGUGAUGCUUGCCAAUGCAGUUGGUGGCAGUGAUUCUAGAGGUCUUACUGCUGUGUCCCAUUCUCUGUGCUCAGGUUUCCCAUCCGGGGAGAGUUGCUGAGCUAUAGCACUCUUCUUUCUUUACCUCUUAUUAGAGGACAAGGAGGAAACUAGAACCACUUUGUCAGUGUUACGUAUUUUCAAAAUUUAUUUAUUUUUAAAUCUCUGUCUACACCUGUUGGGUCUCCACACUACACUCGGGCUGUGCAGCCCCACUGCCUGUGUGCCUUGUAUCCACUCUUUGCGGUGUCUUGCCUAUCUCUUGUGACAAAAAAUGCUGCUAAGUUGAUUCAGGCUGAGCUGCAGAGGGUGUGAGCUGCUUGCAGCUGAAGUAAUUAAUGGGGCUGGAACGUGGUGAAAAAAGCAAGAGAUUCUUUCUGCUUGUCUGUAAUGUCUCAUUGACAAUGACUGGUUCAUUCCAAGAUGCAUUACAAAUAUUAUGUAUUAAGGUACGUUUAAGAAAUGCUGAUUAAAAAAAUCUAGAAAAUGAA